GUUGAAAUAUGUGCAGACAUGAGUGUUUCGAGAUGUUUGCUCUACACGGAAGGUCAUAAAAACGCACACAUUUGUCAAGAUUUCACCAAUUGCGCCCAAAGACGUCUGCGCAUGAGCAAGAGGCCGCCAUCUUGAACGUGUAAAUUUGGAAAAAUUUGGGAGGAGUAGUGGCCAGCCUGGACAGGACGGAUUCUGCAGCACAACCAGCCAAUUUAACCCCACAACCAGCACCAAUGUGGACUAUACCCUUUGUUCCGAGGUAGCUACAUGGUAACGGUACGUAAGUGGCGGGACAAAACGUAUCCCGCCACCCUGGGGUGAGGCCCCCAUCCCACGGUGUGCGUAACGGGAGCAUGCCUACAUCCAAACCGCUCAUGAAGCGUCACAGUAAGCAUGCAGACCCAGAGGUGGCUGCCCUCUUCGCUCAGGACGACCCUGAAACCAUCUUCACCGACCUUCGGGAGAUCGGACACGGAAGCUUCGGUGCUGUCUACUAUGCCAGAAACACUCGGACAUGUGAGGUGGUGGCCAUUAAGAAGAUGUCCUACAGUGGCAAGCAGCAGGAGGAGAAGUGGCAGGACAUCAUAAAAGAAGUGAAGUUCCUGCGAGAACUCAGACACACCAACACCAUCGAGUACAAAGGCUGCUACUUGAGGGAACACACAGCAUGGCUGGUGAUGGAGUAUUGCCUUGGGUCAGCAUCAGACAUCAUAGAAGUGCACAAGAAACCCUUACAGGAAAUAGAGAUCGCAGCGAUCUGUCACGACGGUAUGCAGGGCCUGACAUACCUCCACAACAACAACAAGAUCCACAGGGACGUCAAGGCAGGGAACAUCCUCCUGACCGAGGAUGGGACGGUCAAGCUGGCAGACUUCGGCUCAGCUUCCAUAGUUUCUCCUGCAAACUCCUUUGUUGGGACGCCAUACUGGAUGGCACCUGAAGUAAUUCUAGCCAUGGACGAGGGACAGUAUGAUGGAAAAGUAGACGUUUGGUCUUUAGGAAUCACAUGCAUAGAAUUAGCGGAGAGAAAGCCGCCCUUGUUCAACAUGAACGCCAUGAGUGCCUUGUACCAUAUAGCACAAAAUGAUGCACCCUCGUUAUCUUCCAUUGAUUGGUCUGAGGAGUUUAGGAAUUUUGUAGACGCCUGUUUACAGAAAAACCCUUGCGAUAGACCUACAGCACAAGAGUUGUUAGGGCAUAUAUUUAUCACGAGAGAACGUCCUAGGAAUGUAAUUAUAGACUUGAUAAAUCGGACGAAGGAUGCUGUCCGCGAACUGGACAACCUGCAAUACCGCAAAAUGAAGAAGAUUCUGAUGGUGGAAACCAAGCCGCCGGAGAACGGCCCCGCGGAUGAUCAGGCAGAGGAGGACACGGAAGAGGAUUCGCAGCACUUCACCUUGAUCUCCACCAUCUUGAAAAAGGAGGGAGAGCCUUACAGUCGGUCAGGCACAGUGAACAGCACGACAAGUGGCCAGAGCUUCAGCCAGAUGUCCAGCCAGAGUAGCAGCACCAACAGCCUCCCCGGGGCCGUGGGGAUGGACACCAAGGACGAGGGCGCCUCCCCUCUCCUCUCUAGGGUCAGGAAGGGAUCCACUAGCAGCUCAGGAAGCCACCAUAGAGAAGAAGAGCCCAGACAACACGAGCUCAGGCCGUUCAGGCACCAGCCCCAGCCCCCGCCCCCUCACCCCAAGGCCCCCACCCCCCACGAUCCCUACCACCACCGACAUCCCAGGGAAAACUUUGCCACCAUCAGAACGACGUCCAUCGUAACCAGGCAACAGAAGGAACACCAGCACGAGAACGAGCUGCGCGAGCAGAUGUCUGGCUACAAGCGCAUGAGGCGGCAGCACCAGAAACUUCUAGAGAUCUUUGUCAAGAAACUAGAGUCAGAAAUGGAGGAGCAUAGGUUAAAAUUAGAUAAGGAGUUAGAAAACCAGAGAAUUACAUUUGGUAGUGAGUUAGAGAAGAUGAGGAAAAAACACGCUGGAGAACUAGACAGAAAGAUCAAGAAUGCAAUAGCGGACGAGAAGAAGUUUGUGAAACAGAUCCAGCAGCAGCAGGAGACAGAGCUGAAGAGCUUCCAGGCCAUGCAGCGCCAGGAGUACAAGUUUAACAAGGAGAGGCUCAAAAAGGAGAUGGGUGACGACACCCCCAAGAAGGAACAGCGAGAGUCUCUGCGCAGCCAGAAGGAGAACCUGCAGCAGCUGCACGCGGAGGCGGAGAUGUCUCUCGUACGCAGGCAGCGCGAGUUCCUAGAGAUAGAAGUCCGCAAGUUCCGCCGGAGAAAGCUCUUGAAAAGACACCUCCUCGAAACAGACUUUUUAAAAGAGGAGUUGAACAAGCGCCAGACUCACAUGGAGUUGGAGCACGCUUUGAUGCUGCGUCACCAUGAGGCCACGCAGGAUCUGGAAUACAAGCACCUUGCCCAGAUCCAUCGCAUGAGGAUAGAUCAGAUGAAAAAGCAGCACCAGACCGAGCUGUCCAACCAGAUGGAGUACAACAAGCGCGCCGAGAGGGAACUCCGGAAAAAGCAUCUCCUGGAGCUCAAGCAGCAGCCCAAGAGCCUCAAGGCCAAGGAGUCCCAGAUUAAGAAACAGUUUCAUGACACCUGUAAAAUCCAAACCAAGCAGUACAAGCACCUGCGGCAGCACCUGCUGGAGACCACGCCCAAGGACCAGCAGAAGGCUGUCAUCAAACGGCUGAAGGAGGAGCAGAUGCGCAAGAUGGCCAUCCUGGGGGAGCAGUACGAUCAGAGCAUUAGUGAGAUGCUGCAGACCCAACAUAUUCGUCUUGACGAGACUCAGGAAGCGGAGGUCCGUGCCCUAAAACAGCAGCUGCAGGCCGAGCUGGAGCUGUUGAACGCGUACCAGAGCCGCGUCAAGAUGCAGACCGAAGCCCAGCACGAUCGCGAGAUGAAGGACCUGGAGCAGAAGGUGUCCCUCAGGAGGGCCCUUCUAGAACAGAAGAUGGAGGAGGAAGCCUUGCGGUUGCAGCAGGAGCGUCAGGAGAUGAUGCGCUCGCUGCACGAACGCCAGGCUCGCGAGCUGGAGGAGUUUGACCAGGAGACCAUGCGGAUGGGGCUGAGUGCAAUGGUUCUGAGCGACAUGUCGGGGGACCCAGGGCUGCUGGGUGACGGUGCCAUAGGGGGGGCGGCGGGCGGCGCGGGCGACGGUCGAGUCAGCGCCCGCAGUUCCAGUCUUCUGUCGGGCCUGGGCUACGGGUCUUAGUCCCAAACGUGUUCUCCUCUCAGGCAUGCCCAUUCUGUACAUCUUCUCCUCACAGCCUGGGGUUUAGGGGGCAGGGUGGGAAGGGGAGGGGGGGUUCCUAUAACAUGUACAAACUGUGAGGGCAGCCAUCGAAUGCUUCCAAGGGUUUCCCACUUCUCCUUGUACCCCAUAGUUUGCACUCAGCUCCUCAUAGCCUGCUCAAGGGCUGGGAGGGCGACUUUUUAAUUCUAAAAUCUUUUCACCUGGAGUCAAGGAGGCAUGUUCUAGUGCCCAGUGAUCACUGCAGUAUUGUACAAAGGAAAGACACAGAGAGAACCCUUCAUGUGAUGAUAAGCUACAUGUACAGGACGUGUACAUGUGGUUCUUUACAUAGCCAUGUGAUAUUCUCUUAGGCUCUUGCAAUAUUGUGUAUAAAGAUGCAUACGAGACUUUCUACAAUUUUGCUUUAAGAAACUACUACUCCCCUCGUUGUUCACUUUUCAACAUGUUCAGAGACUAAUCGUUCGGGGGAUUAAAUAAGACCACAUGCUAGAGUCAUAUUUUUGGUACUUGUUCUGAUGGAAAAAAAAAGGACGUCAAUGGCAUUACAGUCCAGUGUUACUGUGUCUAGUGCUUUUUACGAUGGCAAACUUUCACUGUGGUGGCGUGGUAGGGUCUCAACAAUGGCAUGAUCUCUCACCCCCUUGUAAUGUAAUGUAAAGUAGCCUAAUCGACAGCAUGAAAGAAAUUUUGUAAUUAAAGGGUUAUAUCAUUUUUUAUUCUAUCAUUAAUGUUAUUUUUUAAAAAGAUAAACUGUUAAGAGAAUUAUUUAACAAGUUGGGGUAUUUCCAAUGUUUCUGUUCUUCACUGUAUGUACAAAAAAUUUGCCUCUGAUUCUGGAGAGAAAAAUCAGUGUUCUGUAACGAACUUAUGAAGUCGUACAUGAAAAGUUGUUUAAGAAGUAGAGAAACACUUUCAAACUUUAGCUAAGAAGAGUGAGAGAGAGAGAGAGAAAUGUUUUUUGAAAUCUAGCCUAACUCUUGGUACUGUAACAUUUGGUAGGUUUUCAUGUUCUACUGGCUAGGGAGUUUGUACAGGAAAAAUAAUCUUAAGUAAUUAUGAGCUGCUAACAAAAAUUGCGUGCAAAUGUUUUUCUUUUUCCUUGGGUUUUCCUGGUGUUUUUUUUUUUUUUUAAGAAAGAAAGAGUUAGCAACCGAGAUAAAAAGAGAAAAACUAAUUGAUUUUUACCACCCUCAUGUACACUUCAGUCACUGGAUCAAUAAAUGCUGGGUAUCUGUUUUUAUACAC